AUGGGCAUGCUGCGUGUGCUACUGGCCUCUGUCGGGCUCGUCCAUGCGGCCUCGGUCUGUGACCUCCCCGCGUUCCAGGCCAUGCCGCUGGCGACGCUUGGCACGGGCCCGCUUACGAUGAAGGCCAUCACAAACGGCACGGACUCGUGCUUCCAGGUGAGCGUGCCCGCCUCGGCGUCCGUGGCGUGGGCCUCGAUCGCCAUUGCAUCCAGCCCAAAGAUGGUCACUUCGCCGAUCGGCAACGUUGUCAUAUACGAUGCGAACGCCCAGGCGCCGCAGCUCUACGAGAUGCUGAGCUACAAGAAGGCUGGUACCGUCCUCGCUGCCGACCAGUCGCCGGUCGUCGCCAAAGCCGCGUCGGUCGUCAACGGUGCCAUGACAUUUACCUUCGAGCGCUCGAACGGUGUCAAAAUCGCGUCGGACGUGGCGAUUGUCCCGGAUGCGUACAGCACCAUCAACUACGCGUACGGCUUGACCAAGUGGCCGUCCAUGCACGAAGGCCGCGGGUCGGCGCAAGUCGCUAUUAAAGCUGCAGCGGCCUCGGUCUGCGACUCACCGGCGUUUGCCGCGGCGCCGCUUGCGACGUUAGGCAGCGGUCCAAUGCAGAUCAAGGCGCUGACCGACGGCAGUGACGCGUGCUUCCAAGUGAGCAUGCCUGCGAGCUCGUCCGCGUCGUGGAUUGCGAUCGCAGUCGCUUCGUCGAGCGCGAUGGUCACGUCGCCGAUUGGCAACACCGUCAUCUACGACAGCACGGCGAAAGCACCGCAGCUCUACGAGAUGCUGAGCUACAAGAAGGCAGGCACCGUGCUCGCGACGGACCAGUCGCCGCUCUCGGUCGUCUCGGCGUCGGCGGUCAACGGCGCGCUCACGUACACGUUCCUCCGAUCCAACGCCGUCAAGAUUGCCUCGGACGUGGCCGUGCGUCCAGAUGCAUACAACAUUAUCAACUGGGCGUACGGCACGUCGCAGUGGCCGUCGAUGCAUCAAGGCCGAGGCUCGGCCAACGUCGUGAUCAAGUCAAUCGCGGCGUCCAACGCGGGUGGCAACUCGCUGCCGCCGAUCGACAAUGCGUCCGAGUCAUUGCGCGUCAUUACGUACACGGACGUGAUCACGGCGGCCACGUUCAUGGUGAUGCUCCUCCUCGGGAUUAUCGUGACCCACGUCGGGCGGUGGCACAUUCUCAACCACAGCGCCGUGUGCGCGCCACCGACGACCGGGUAUUGCAUGCGCUUUCGGUCGACCUUGGCCGACCUCAAGCUCGGCGAGUGCAUCGUGCUGAUCGUGUACCUCCUGGCGCUCUGCGUCGUCUCGUUCUCGGUGCACGUCAAGUUCGCGAACGCGCAGCCCGGCCAGAGCCUCGUGCUGGUCACGGGCCAUCUCGGGCUCGUGAACCUCAUGCUCAUUCUGCUGCCCGUCGCGCGCGGCCAGCACUGGGAGAUCCUCUUUGGCAUCUCGCACGAGCGCAUCCUCAAGUUUCACAAAGGGCUCGGCCGGUCCUUUGUGCUCUUGUGUGCACUGCACUUCGCACUGAGCUUGAACCAAGGCGGGAGUGCGACGUACGCUGCGCCGUACGGGACGCAGGAAGCGAUUCCACUCUACGGCUUUGUGUCGUUUCUGGCCUUUGCGUCCAUGGGCCUCUUGGCGUUUGAGUCGCUUCGGCGCAAGUACUAUGAAGUGUUUUACUGGCACCACCGCGCGUCGGCGGUCGUGGGGCUUGUCUUCGCCGUGCUGCACGCGCCUUCGAUUCUGAUCGCGAUGCUGUUUCCCCUUGCCGUCUACGCCCUCAACAGCCUUUGGCGCUUCGCCGCGUACUUUCAUUCGCACGCUGCGACGCUCGAGACUUACAGCGACGGCACGACUCUGAUCACUCUCGCGUCGACGCUGAAAACGACCAAGUACGCGCAGACAAUGAACCCGUGCGCGUUCUUUUACAUCAACAUUCCGACGAUUUCCGGCGUCCAGUGGCAUCCGUUCUCGGCGAUCGCGACGCCGGAUGGCAACUCGAUUGGCUUUUGCGUCAAGGCGCUCUCCAAAGGAUCGUUUGUCGACUCGGUGCAUGUCCGAGCGCGCGGCGCGCUGGAGGUCGACCCGGCACUGGCUCAUCUUCGCGUCCGCGUCGAAGGGCCGUACGGGAAGGCGUCGGUGCUCCUGCAUCAGUACGAUGUGGUCGUCUUGGUCGCGGGCGGGAUAGGCGUCACGCCGAUGCUCAACAUCCUCAACCAAGACCGGCACAAGCGCUCGAGCAAGGCGACGCAGCGCAUGGUGCUGCACUGGAUCGUCCGCGAGCCGCACCAGCUCCUCUGUGCGGACCCGCUCAUGUACCCGCUGCCGUCGCAUGUCGAGUCCCACUUGGUCGUGACGUCGGCGACGGCGAGCGGCGGCAUCCUCAACAUGGCGGGCGAGUCGGUGGCCUACAGCAGCGAGAAACCGCGCAUGGACGAGAUCAUCAACCGCGAACGCUACAGCCGCCGACGCGUGUGUGUACUCGCGUGCGGCCCGAUCGGGUUGGUCAAGGACGCACAGAUCCAAGCCGACGCGUGUGGCAUGAUUGGUGCAGUGCUUGUCGCGCUGACCCUUAUCCACAGCGUCUACGCCGACGACGUCGAUUGCACGUCGCCGGCCUUUCUCGCCGCGCCGCUCGUGCCGUUGGACGCGUCUCUCUCCCUGCGCAGCCUCGUGGUCGAUAGCGCGAGCGUCUGCAUUCAGCUCAUCUUGAAGGCGCCGGCGGCAUCAUGGGUCUCGGUCGCACUCUCGUCGUCGCCGUCGAUGGUCACGUCGCCGUUCACACGCGCGGUGGUCUUUGACGCAAGCUUUGCGACGCCCAAAGUGUUUGCGAUGCAAGGGUACGCACCGAGCCAAAUGGUCGCAGCACCGACACCGUCGAUCUCGCUGCUGAGUGCGUCGUCCACCAACGAUGGGCUCUCGCUGACGUUCCGACGUCCGCUCGUCUUUUCGUACCAAGGUGACGUCGCGAUCCACGUCGACAAUGAGAACGCCAACAUCCUCAACUGGGCCAUUGCAACCACCGAGUCGGCUCUGCGGUUGACGCCCGAUACGACGGUCGUCACGGUCGCGUCCGUCAUCUCGAUGAUCAUGCUCGGGCUCAUUGCGACGCAUUUUGGCACGUGGCGCUGGGUGAACCAUCGGGGCUUGCUGCCGCCGCCUCGGCGCCUCUCGACGCUGACCACGCUAUUGAUGCCGCUCGUGGACUUGAAGGUGGGCGAGGGCAUCAUUGUGCUCAUCUACUUGGCGUGCCUCGUGCUCGUCUCGACGUCGGUGCACGCCAACUUUACCGACGCGCCGUCGCUUCGUCGAUGGAGCCUCGCGUCCGGCCACCUCUGUCUCGUGCACAUCAUGCUGCUGCUGCUCCCGGUCGCCCGCGGACAGCACUGGGAAGUGUUUUUUGGCAUUUCCCACGAGCGUAUUCUCAAGUUUCACCGGUGGCUCGGCCGGCUCAGCAUCGGUUUUGGCCUCUGGCAUCUCGUCGCAUCGGCACAGAACGGUGCGUCCAUCACGGCGACUGGUCCGUUCGGCUCGCAGCAAGUGUCACCCGUGUAUGGGUUUGGUGCCCUCGUCGUGUUUUCAACGCUGGGUCUCUCGGCGAUGGUGCGUCGCCGGUUCUACGCGCUCUUUUACUACUACCACCGUCUCGCGUCCGUCGUUGGCUUGGUGCUCUUGCUAUUGCAUGCGACUGCCGUGCGCUACGCGCUCAUCUUUCCCCUUGGCAUCUACCUCUUGAGCGGCCUCGGGCGCCUGCGCGGCUUGUACCUCAACAAGUUCCAUGCGUCGAUCCACGUGCAUGGGCACAACACGGUCACGUUUGAGCUCCCGACCACCGAGACGACGCGCGCGUGGGCUGACCGCCUCCAUACCGGUGCCUUCUUUUACGUCAACAUCCCAAGCAUCUCAGCCGUCGCGUGGCAUCCGUUCUCAGCGAUCGUGACGCCGGACGGCGACUCGAUUGGCUUUUGCAUGAAGUCGUUUACGAAAGGCCGGUUCGUCGACGCGGUCUGGGUUCGCGCGCACCAAACGCUCCAAGACAAUGCGUUCUUCGUCCUCGACAGCCAGCAGUCGGCACCGUCGAUGCUUGUUCGCGUCGAGGGCCCGUACGGCCGCGCCAGCGUCAACGUCGACAAGUACGACGCCGCCGUCCUCAUCUUGCACCAACCGACGCCCGCCGAAGGACUGCGCGUCGAGAUGGGAUGGAUGGCAGCGCUGCUGCAGUUUGUCGCAGCGCCGGUCGUCGUCGUCGCCACCGCUUCUAGCUGUACACCCGAGGCAUUGGCCAACGUCAAGAGCAUGGCCAUGGGCCCGAUGGUGCUAAAGGCCAAGCUGUUGACAGACGUCGCUUGCUUCCAAGUAACUUUGACCGAGCGAACAGCCCCGUGGAUUGCCGUAGCCGUGGCCGCCGCGCCCGUCAUGGUGAACACGCCGACAAGCUCUGCGGUGGUAUUCGACACGACGACACUGCUGCCGCUCUUGUACGACCUGAAGGGCUACGAAGUCGCCGACGUCCUGGUGCAGAAGGACCAGUCGCCCAUCUCGGUCAUUGCAGCGUCUGUCAACACAACGCGGGUUUCGUUUACCUUUGCGCGGUCACUGUCUGCUCAAACAAGCACAGACGUGGCCAUUGUACCCGGCGUCCCGAGCACGCUCUUAUGGGCGGUCGGUGACCACGCAUGGCCGUCGCACCACGCCGAGCGGGGCGUCCUCCGCGUCGCGAUUCCGUCGAGCGACUCGAGUGGCUCGGGCUCGGGCGGCGCCGUCUCGACUUUUGUGACGUCGUACACAGUUCUCGUCGUCCUCUCGGCUUUUCUCUGUAUUGUGCUCUUGGGGUUGGCGGCCACGGGCUGGCCUUGCUCCUUUGUGGAGCAGCCGCUCUGCCGUCCGCCCAAGCCAGCAGUAACGGCGCCGUUGCGCCGGGUGCUCGCCGAUGUCAGUGUCGGCCAAGCCAUCGUCGUCGGCGUGUACGUCAUGAGCCUCGUUGUCGUCGGCGUCGUCGUCGUCCACCAGUUUGGCACAAAUGUGACUGGGGUGCGCCGCCUAUCGCUUGUCUCGGGGCACUUGGCUCUGGUCUCGCUCAUGUGGCUGCUACUGCCCGUGGCGCGAGGCUACCAUUGGGAGCUCGUUUUCGGCAUCUCCCACGAGCGUGUGCUAAAGUUUCAUCGGUGGUUGGGCCUGCUUGUGACGUUGACGGCGACACUGCACUUGGCCGUCAACGUCAACCGGGGCAUCGACGUGCUUAGCCGCGUCGCGUACGGAACGCAGGAGGUCGUCCCUCUCUAUGGUUUUGUCGCCUUGCUCGCGUUUUCUUCGAUGGCGCUUCUCGGAAUGCUCGAGCCACUUCGUCGGGCCAUGUACGAGGUGUUUUAUCUUCACCACCGGACCUUUUCGAUUAUUGGCCUCGUUUGCGUGCUGCUACACAGCCGCACAGUGGCCUAUAGCCUCGCACUGCCGCUGGCACUGUACGUCUGGACACUGCUUUGGCGGAGUCGUGCCUACUGGACGACGGCGGACGCGACCGUGUGCGACGCGUCUGUGAGCCGCCGCACUGUGGUGCUCGUAUUGCCGUUUACGCCCACGUCCAAGCAGUUUGCCGCAACGAUGUCGCCGGGCGCGUACUUUUUUCUCCAAGUGCCCAGUAUCUCGGGCGUCGAGUGGCAUCCGUUCUCGGGAAUUGUGACGCCGGACGGCAACUCGGUCGGGUUUUGCCUCAAAUCGCAGUCACCAGCUUCGUUUGUGCACAAGGUGCUUUGCAGUAACACGCGCGUCCUUCGCGUUCGACUGGGCGGUCCCUACGGCCACAUCGCGCUCCCCUGGAAUGCUCUGGACGUUGUUGUUUUGAUUGCCGGUGGUGUUGGUAUCACACCGCUCCUCAAUAUCAUCAACCAACGUCGCCAGAAAGCCAAGAGUCGCAUGGUCCUGCGCGCGCCGCAGCUGCACUUGCACUGGAUCGUGCCAACGCCCGACGACCUCCUCUGCGCCGACCGACUCAUGUUUCCGAUGCUGCCGGACGUUCAGUGUCACUACUAUGCCACCCGCGCGACGUCUGACGGUGUCGUCUUGAGCGCCUACGGCGGUGACGUCGCAUACGUAGCCAAACGCCCGGCGAUGCACGACGUCCUCGCACUUGAUCCAUUCGAGUCGCCGCGCGUCGGCGUCGUAGUAUGCGGACCCCAAUCGCUCGUCGACGAAGUACAAUACGAAGCGGCACUCCGUGGCUAUAGCUUUCACAAGGAGCUCUUUGCCCUUGCGUGA